GUCCCCCAAGACGGAGCAGCAGCAGCAGCAGCAGCAGCAGCAGCGGCGGACCGACUCCAACCAGCAGCAGCUUCUCUCUCCAACUUCACCUGAGUCCUGUGUCAGAUCAUCCACCCUGAUCUAUCACCACCAUGUCUGAUCAAGAUGCCACCCCACAACCACAACCACAACCACAACCCUCUCCUGCCCCUCCUCCUCCCUCUGGACCUCCUCCCAAGAUCACAAACCGCGGCCGCACCACAGCUCCCAUGUCCACCUCCAACUCUGACACAACGGACAUCCCUGAGUUUGAGCCCUUUGGUAUGCCAGGCCCAAGAGGAUUCCCACCUUUGACUGAGUAUCUUGACAUCUGGGAUGUUGACAUGAUGAGGAAGCCAGAUGAGGUCAACAAGAAGGAGCACCACACCCAGUUGUACCACUCUGACCAUCUCAUCGUCCGUCGAGGUCAAGAGUUCCAGGUCAAGGUCACCUUCAACCGUCCCUACAAACCUGAUUCAGACAAGUUCGCUCUGGAGUUUGUCAUCGGCUCCAGCCCUGAGUUCAGCAAGGGCACCUACAUCCCUGUCUUUCCCAACAAGGAACGCCCGAGCUCCUGGGAAGGCCGCAUCACAAACACCGCAGACAGCAUUGUCACAGUGGGCAUCACUCCUGCAGCAAACUGCAUUGUGGGGAAGUACUACAUGUAUGUGGCAGUGGCGACGCCGUUUGGGAUCCGCAGGACCAGGCGGGAUGACAGCCGCAGCCUCUACAUCCUCUUCAAUCCAUGGGCGUCAGCUGAUGCCGUGUUUCUGGAUGAUGAGAAAGAGAGGGAGGAGUGUGUGAUGACUGAGAUGGGGAUCAUCUACCACGGCGCCUUCGACGACGUGGCUGAGAGAAACUGGAACUAUGGACAGUUUAACUAUGGAGUCCUGGACGCCUGUCUGUACAUCAUGGACCGGUCUGACAUGCCCAUCACCAACAGAGGAGACCCCAUCAGGGUGACCAGAAAGGCCUCUGCUAUGCUGAACUCCCGUGACGAUGAUGGUGUGCUGGUGGGGAACUGGAGCGGCGACUACACCUACGGUGUGGCGCCCACUUCCUGGACUGGCAGCACGGACAUCCUGCUCACGUAUGCCAGCAGCAAGAUGCCCGUCUGCUAUGCUCAGUGCUGGGUCUACGCCGCCGUCUUCAACACCUUCCUGCGUUGCCUGGGCAUCCCAUCGCGGGUCGUCACCAACUACUACUCUGCUCACGACAACGAUGGAAACCUGAAGACCGACAUCAUCCUGGACGAGAACGGCAGGAUCGACCGCAACCGCACCAAAGACUCUAUCUGGAACUACCACUGCUGGAAUGAGUGCUACAUGUCCAGACCAGACCUCCCAGCUGGCUUUGGAGGCUGGCAGGUUGUGGAUGCAACACCACAGGAGACCAGUGAUGGCAUGUACAGAUGUGGCCCUGCAUCAGUCCAGGCCAUCAAACAUGGGCAGAUAUGCUUCCCAUUUGAUGCUGCCUUUGUGUUCGCUGAAGUCAACAGUGACGUGGUGUUUUAUUCCCGGAGCAAAGAUGGGACCAUGGAGCCAGUCAAAGUGAACCGCACUCAUGUAGGCCGCAUGGUGUUGACCAAAUCCCCAGGAGACAUGACCCGCCGUGACGUCAGCGAUCAGUACAAGUUUCCUGAAGGCAGUGCAGAGGAGCGCACCGUCCUGGAGAAAGCAGAGGAGUACGGCUGUCAGCGAGAUAAGUCCGAGCUUCCUGUGGCCGAUGUGGAGGUGGUCCUGCCCACCCUGGAGGUCAGCGUAGGCAACGACUUUGACCUGACCUUGGAGUUCAAAAACAGCAGCGAUCAGCGUCGCACCGUGGACGCCUACAUCAGUGGGACUGUGGUGUUUUACACCGGAGUCCCCAGCUCCGAGUUCCUGUUCAGGAACCCCACGGUGACAAUCGGCCCCAACGAAAGUGUGAAGGAAACUGUGACGGUUGAGUCAAAGGCGUAUAUGAAGAAUCUGGUGGAACAGGCCAACCUCAACUUCAUCACCAGUGGGAAGGUCAAGGAGACUGGGCAGAUCGUCACCGCCAUGAAAGUCGUCACCUUGCACAAUCCCAAACUCACUGUCACGGUGUCCGACGGCUGCAAAGUGAAUGAAGAGACGAUGGCGACUGUGGAGUUCACAAACCCCUUCUCCUUCGGCCUGGAGGGCGUCUAUAUUCGCAUGGAAGGACCCGGGCUCAUGCUGCCCAAGUUCAAGUAUUACAGUCUGAUCCCAGCAAGCUCCUCCCUGACCUGGACCGAGUACUUCACCCCGCAGAGGGCCGGCAACAGCAGAGUGAUCGCGUCUCUGGACUGUGCCGCUCUCAGGCAGGUCUACGGCCAGGCGUCUGUCACCAUCGCGCCCUGAGGAUCAGCGUAGGAUCACUGACGCCAGACAUCACUCAGCUCACUAACACACUAUAAGUCUUUAUCGUAGUUAUCUAACUGCAGGCUCACAGCAGUUUAACAGGUGUCGCUUCAGCUUUUUGAUAACAGUGGUGAUAGCUUUAGUCAAAGAAAAGAGAGAUCAGUCGUUUUUAGAAGUGAAAUUUGGUUAAAAAAAAGAGGUUAUUGAACACAUUUUUGAAACCUUAACAGUUUAAGGGCUGCACCAUUAUGGCCAAAAUGAUAGUCAUGAUUAUUUUUGAUCAAUAUUAAGAUUAUUUUUCACAAUUUUUCAUUGUUUUUGGGGACAAAAUAUUUUCAUUACACUUUCACAUUUUAGUAAAUGCUAGUAAAUACUUCCUGCUAAUGUGGUCAUCUUUGCAUUAAAAUAAGACUUAAAAUGAGGUGCUUCUUCACCUGACAUUAGUGCGUCUGACGUGUCUGCCGCAACAUUAAUUCUUCCCGGCCUUCAUACAAUCAUCAUACUGCAGACAGGGUUUAUUUCAGGUGGUUUAACAAGUUAGUUGUGUUGCUUUGCCGUGCAGACAAGUCUCACACACUCUUUGCACGUUAUUUGUUCACUCAUGAAUCCGAAAUACUUCCAGACAAAGGCAGAUGACGGGUGAUUUGCAUUUUGCCCGUCUGCAUUUGCAACAUUCAGGAAAGUUCGUCACAGGCUGCACACGUAGCGGCAUGACAGGUCUUUAAACUUGCAGGCUGGCUGUUAAUUCAGGAGGCGCUUGAUUUUAAUGUGCAGCAGAGUUUCCUACGAGCAGAGCACGCAUUUAAAACAUCAACAUUGCAGUCGAGCAUAGUCAUUUGAUUGUGUGAAGCCAAAAUCGUGAUUGUAAUCAGUAUUGAAUUAAUUGUGCAGCCCUGUCGAAAAAACAACUGAUAUUCUCUUUUUUAUAGGAUGAGCAAGUACACUUUAGGAAAAUCUUUGAUUGCUACUUUCCUACUUACUUUAAAAAAGUUACUUUCACUUAAAAGUUACAGUUACUUUUAACCUAGAAAUACACAAGUACAGAGUGAGUGUGGCUGCCUCAUUCAAUCCUUCACUUCUUCCAAUAUAUCAAGACACAAUAUAACAUUUUAUUCAGUAGUUUUGAGAGCAGUAUGUAGGGUAGAGUUCAGACACUCAAAUAAAAGGGCUCAAACUAAAUAUAGGGCAGUGGAGAGUAAAUAGCUUUGGAUUUCAAGCAGAGUCUAUGUUGUUAUUGUAACUUUAAAACUGCAUUAAUCCAUUUUGGCCAUAAGGGGGCAGAAUUACACAAAAGCAAGCUGACGAACACAGUUGAAGGCUGACAUGUCACAAACACAGCCCCCCUACAAGUCCUACGGACACAGAGCAGCGUUAUUAACCCAGCAGAGUUGUUUUCUGGUUCCCUGAUGCAUUAAAGUUGAAUAUUUACUCUUCUUUUAACUGAGUUUAAGUCUUCACCGACUCCUGAGGAGAUGAUCUGGGUCAUUAUUUGACGUGUGAGCAGGUCGUGCACAGUGGAUUUAUCAGAGCUGGGUUUUCCACAGCUGCUGGACACAGUGAAAUAAAACAAACUAACUGUGCCAUAAAACCAAAACAAUGAGCUAAGAGAGGCUAAACGGCUCCAGAAAAUAUCAGUUAAUGCAGCUUUAAUUUUUGAAAUGCACUCCCACUUCGCAGCCACAGUUAUUAAACUUCAGCAUCAGUGUCUCUACUUGAGAGCUCCUUCCACCGUUUUAUAUCGAACUAUAACAUCUGUUUCUUUGCAUUUUUCUGUGUACAAGAAUAAAUGCAAAUAUCAGCCAAAUAAAAGAUUGACAACUGCACAAUUC